AUGACCACCCAAAGCAUCGGCGUCGCGUACAGCACCGAGCCAGCCUUGACACGCAUUCACACAAAUCUGCCACCGCCAUACACGUGGACCGGUGCGCGCGCCGGCGAACUUCGCGCAAAUCCACAAGACUUCACAUGCACGACUACAAUCCUCGUCGGCCCCAAACUCACACCCUUCAGCAUCCACACGUCGCUCCUCACGAGUCAAUCGCCCUACUUCCGCGCCGCGCUCACCGGCCCCUUCGUCGAGAGCAAGAGCAAGACCAUCACCUUGGACGAUGUGAAUCCCGACCAUUUCUCCCUCCUCGUCGCCUGGCUGUACACCUCGGCCGUCCCCGCGCCCUUCAAGGACGGAAAGCCCGCGUACUACACCCUGCUGCACCUCUACUCGCUCGCGGACCGGCUGUGCAUGGAGGGCCUUCGCAACGCGGUCGUGGAUCUCAUCGCGGAUCUCGCGGACCAGACAAACUCUGUGCUCACGCCGAGCGACACACGGAUCCUGUACGACGGCAUCCGUGACAGCGCACCCCUGCGCGACUUGGUGCUGGAUCUCUUCGCGUUCAAGAAAACCGAUCGCCUUGUUGAGGGCCACGUCGACGCCUGGCACGCCGCGUUCCUGCGCGACCUGUGCGUCCUACUCAAGCGCCCGUGCGCCCAGGCUCUCCUCAGACACCGCCUGCGCAUGUGGUGUCCAGACGCGUGGCACGGCGCGCGCAGCUGCGAUUACUGCCGCGCCGUGCUGAAGCCGCGUUGUGGCGCUGUGGCGUGCGACGACUGCUGUUUGAGCUUCUGCACGACGUGUGUCGAGGGCGGUGUUGCGGUUGCCGGGUGGGAUGACGGAAGGGGGAGGGAGGCGGAUGAGAUGCUUGGCGCGGAGAAGAGAAAGGGCGGGAAGUGGGAGGCGUGUAAGCCGUGGAGGGGCGCGCGGUGUGCGCUGUAUCACGAACACGAUGAGACAGAGCGGUGUGGGGAUAUCUUCAUGGGGAGAUGA